GAAAAGAUAUGAUGCUUACCCCAUUCCCACAACAAUAAGUUCUGCACCCAUUCAUACAAAGCCAUGGCUCCCUGUCUGUAGCAAAGGAAAGGAAAUCAAUUGAAUUGCAACCCUCCAAUGGCAAACUACGCACCCAACUCCUUGGAAACUCUCCUGCUGAGCACAAUGAUGAGCAGGCUUCAAACACGACCCCCUUAUCUGGACACUACCUCUGUCAUCUCCAACGCCUGCGAUCGCAUCAUCUCCGACGACACCAAAACCCCACUUCAAAGAGAAGAGGCCAAGUUAGAGAAAGCCAUUGUGCAGAUUAUUCUAAGUGGAGAAGGGCCCCAGAAACUUAGCCCCAAUUCAGGUCAGGCCGUCUCAAUAGGCGACCACCAGGUCUGCGUAGGGUUCCACGAGGAUCCAUCUGCAGGUUUUGAUGUCGGUGAUGGUGCUGGUCCUGCUUAUCGUAUCUGGGAAUGGCACGGUCAUAUUAUGCUGCAUGAUGACGAUGAGGGCUACACGGCUGAGUAUGUUUAUGGGAAUUAUUUUGAGAAAACACAGGAGGUUAAUCAGCGGGCAAGGGCUAAGGAAGAAGAGGAGGAGCCUGCCCGUGGAGCCGAGGGCUUGGGUUUGGGCGGCCUUAUCGGGGGUAAUCAGGAUGAGACCAAUGCCAGGAUUUUGUGCAGGAAUAUAAGUGCCGGAUCAUUAAGGGAUACCACUGGACUUUCAAUUUAACUUGUGGGGAUUCCACACUCCAUCCUUUGCCUGGCCUCUAGCUCCUCCUCCUCGUUGUGGGACUACCACUUCUCCAGCUUCUCUUGCAGGACGGCCAGUUCACUACGCCUGCUGUUCCUCCUGCGAGUCUACCACUCUGCCCCUCUAGCCCCUUUUGCUCCUUCAUCUCCUGCGGGACUACUGCUCCUCCUUCACCAUCUCCUCUCUGUGAGACUACCUCUUUGCUCCUCUGUUCUGCCAACUCUUUCCUUCCUGCUUCGUUGCACUCCAGAUUUUUCUCCUGCAUCAUGUGCAGGUCUAUUAUUUGCUCUUUCAACUGUAGUAGGAAUAUUACUCCAGCACACCCACUGGUGCUAUGAUGUCACUCUGGGGAGAUUUGAACCUCUGGCGCUAAGAUGUCGCUUGGGGAGAUCUGAGCCUUGGUCUCUAACAUGACAACCAAGUGGCCAUGCUGCUUGAACAUAACACCUUUGACAUUCAUUACCUAUUUUUAUUACAUAUUUACUAUUCAAUUAUCUAAUUUUGCAUCGUGGAU